AUGAAUGCAUUUCUACGUAUGGGUCUUACCUUCUACUCUUCAUCUAGGAUGGCGCACAAGAGCAGUAAACAUGGAAAAUCAAUAGGCAAAGGGGAAGGCGGCAAGCGGGAGCCUUUGGCGCGGCGGUCGCCGGCGGAAAAAGCGAGAGAAGGAGAAAGAAGAAGAGGAGGAGGAGGAGGAGGAGGANGCGGCGGAGGAGGAGGAGGAGGCGGCGGCGGCGGCUCCCGCACCGGGGCCGAGCUCAGCCCGGCCGGCUCGCUCUGCGGCGUCUUAUCCUCCAUGUACGGCGCGCCUUACGCGGCAGCCGCGGCUGCUCAGGGCUACGGGGCCUUCCUGCCUUACGCGGCCGAGCUUCCCAUCUUCCCGCAGCUGGGCACCCAGUAUGAGCUGAAGGACAGUCCCGGCGUCCAAGGGCCGGCCUUCCCGCCCCCUCACCCGGCUUUCUACCCCUACGGCCAGUACCAGUUCGGCGACCCCUCCCGGCCCAAGAACGCCACCCGCGAGAGCACCAGCACGCUGAAGGCCUGGCUGAGCGAGCACCGCAAGAACCCCUACCCGACCAAGGGCGAGAAGAUCAUGCUGGCCAUCAUCACCAAGAUGACCCUCACCCAGGUCUCCACCUGGUUCGCCAACGCCCGCCGCCGCCUCAAGAAGGAGAACAAGAUGACCUGGGCGCCCCGCAGCCGCAGCGAGGACGAGGAAGGCACGGCCGACGGCAGCGAGGACGGCGAGACGGACAAGCGCGACCCCGACGACGAGGAGAUCGACCUGGAGAACAGCGACGCCGAACCUUUCGAGGGCGGUGGUGCCGUCGCCGCCGCCGGCGGGGACGGAGCCGGGGCCCAAGCCGGGCAGCUGCUCCUGCACGUCGGGGAGGACGAGCGGGCCGACCAGGAGGGCGGCCAGGCGACGGCGACGGCGGGGGCGCUGCGCCUGCCUCUCCCCCUGGAGCCCCGCGGGGGCAGCGACACGUCGGAAGACGAGGAGGAGGAGGAGGAGGAGGACGAGGCGGAGAGUUCCGACGGCUUCGAGGAGCUGGCCGGCGCUCAGCAGCGCUUCCUGAAGGCGGUGGAAGCGCGGCGGCGCGCCUCGACGGGACCCCCGGGCUCCCCGCCGCCUCUCCGCAGCCCCAGCCCGGCUCGGCAGCCCGUCCAGCCGGCCAAGCCCAAGAUCUGGUCCUUGGCAGAGACGGCCACCAGCCCGGAUAACCCCUCGCGCAAGUCGCCCCCUGGCGGAGGAGGAGGAGGGGGGUCCCCCCCGGCUGGCCCCCCGUGCCUUCCUCUGGGCCCGACCCCGCAACCCGCCCCGGGCGCCCCCGCGCACAGACUGCUCCCCUCCGCUUGCCCGCUGGGCAAGUUCGCCGGCUGGUCGGGCCGGCCCUUCUCGGCCGCCCCCCCGCACGCUUCCCACCCGCUGACCUUGCUGAACACUCCCCAUCUCUUGGGACUGGCGGGGGGCAACGCCAACACGGCGCCCGCGGCGGCGGCAGCGGCGGCUCUGGCGGCUUUUUCCAGACAGGCGGACCAGGCGCCGAGCGCGGAAGCCGCCGGAACAGGUCUGGGCUGGCUGCUGGUGGUGGUGGUGGGGUUUCUGCCGGUCGGACAAGACUGGAGAAUUUGCGAAGAAGAGCCAGGAACCUCAGUUGGGAGCCCAACCGUUCCCCCCCCCCGCCCCGGUGGAUUCAGCAACCUUCUUGCUUAUGUCUUCUCUGUUCUGCACCUGGAGGUGCCUGUAUUGGUUUUCGUCCACGUCACACGGUGGUUUUGGAGGUCUAGGGGCUCCCCAAGUCUUCGCCCCCUUCCUCACUGCUUACUCGGAAAUCGAUCUAGUGCCUUGGAUGUAGAGAAAAAGUUAAUAAAGACCGCUUUCCAGCCAGUUCAGAGGCGGCCACAGAACCAACUCGAUGCUGCUAUGGUUUUAUCGGCGUUGUCAUCAUCAUAGUUAAUUUUUUUUUAAUUAUUGUUCUAAUGGUUGUAAAAUAAAAUUAUCUGUAUAGUUACAGCUUGUACGCAUGUCUGUGUAUUAAAUGAAACAAACAAACGAGUGUGUUUGUGUGUGCGUGUGUGUGUGUGAGAGAGAGAGGGGCAGGAAUCCACUUCUGUUCAAUCAUCUGGAUUAGCUGAAUCCGUGAAGUAUUUUUUUGGUGAAACCUGGUGAGAAAUAAAAGACCUUCCUGGGUUUUUGUUUUUUUGGGGGGUUUUGUUUUUGUAUAUAGAGUAAAAACGCGCGCGUUAACGCGCAUACACGCGCAAAUGUACAUAACUGCGAAACCAAACUGUACAAGAAAGUAUAUAUUUUUGGCUAAUAAACUGUUGCCACUUUGAC